GGGUUCCACACGUUCUCUUCAUAUCUCAGCUGCAAACGGAAGAGAGUCCAGAGCAGGUCCUCUCCACUCCACGGUAACUGAGGUUUGUACGGAAGCGCUCUGUUCGGGGAGAGAGAGAGAACAAUGUUACAGUUCCCGGGGUUCAUGAAACAGUACCCGUGGUCAACAAGGACCAUACCGACGUCGUUUCUGCUGCCAACCCAAUGGCCCCAACCCCAUAGUGAAGAGCUCCUCCUCGCCAUGGAGGAGUCCGAUUUCGAAGAGAAGUGCAAUGAAAUCAGAAAGAGUAGCAGCAGCAUGGCUGUUAUUGGGAAAACCGCUGUCGACAACGAUAAAGAAGACUAUGACAACGAUCCAGAUGAUGAUGAUGUAGACAAUGCAGAGGAUUCCGAAGGUGAAGAGUUUGAGCAGGAAACCAGUUGAAAUUGUUGACAAGUGACACCCUUUGUUGUGAUUCCGUUUAGACGGCCACAAGCCUGCAUCGAAUGAGGCAUUUUCUUUACGUGAUAAAGUCACUUCCCUGUUCCCUCUAUGGAUAAAAGAUAAAGUCUCUGCUUUUGGUGUUUUUCUGUCA